AUGACGAAAGACAGGCUACCGGCGCUACGAGCGAGCCAGUACCACGAAGAAAAUGGAUUGGAGGACGUCGCCACUGUGGACAUGGACGGAGGAAGUGCAUUCAUGCCAGAGUUCUUCAAUGAGGUGGAAGAGAUAUGGGAAAACAUCGAGAAGAUUGAACACAAUGUCAAAGCAGUUAGCAAAAUUCACAGCGACAUUUUAUCAUCAACAAAAAGUGAAACAAAAGACAAGGAAUACCUGGAUCGGCUCAUGUCGGAAGUGAAGAAGCUGGCAAACAAAGUACGCGGCAAGUUGAUGGUGAUACAGCAGGACAUAGCGAAGAUGGAGGAGGAGCUGGAACGGUCAGAUAAAGGUUCAAAGGCAAAUCUACGGAUACACAAAACGCAGCAUAGCACUCUGUCGCACAGGUUUGUGAAGGUGAUGACAGACUACAGCAGUAUACAGAGUGACUACAGAGAGCGGUGCAAAAGCAGAAUACAGCGGCAACUUGAAAUCACUGGAAAGCAGACGACGAACGAAGAAAUCGAGCAGAUGAUAGAGUCGGGAAACCCGCACGUAUUCACGGGAGGGCUCAUCAUUCACACGGAGCAGGAGAAGCAGCGAUUGGCUGACAUAGAGGCGCGUCACAGUGACAUCAUCAAGCUAGAGAAGAGCAUCAGCGAGCUGCACGACAUGUACAUCGGCAUGGCCCUGAUCAUCGAGAACCAGGGCGAGAUGAUCGAUAGGAUAGAAUACAGCGUCGCAGAGAGGCACCAAGAGUACAGGCGAGCCAUCGUUGCUACAAAGAAGGCGGUACAUCAGAGCAAAGCCAGGCGGAAGAAGAUACUGAUGCUCAUAUGCCUGACUGUACUCAUCGUCGUCCUAGCGGCAGUGUUUGGUGGAAUUUUUGGAUAGCAUCGACGGAACAGUUCGUCUAUAUUGUAUAGGCUACCAAAGACCGUGUACAAUCAUAUACGGACAACACAAUAUACGAUCUUUGAUGCUACUGACCACGAAUUAGCGCUUAUGCAACAUGGAGUCAUAUCGCUUGGAGGGGUCUGUGUCAUUUGCUUUCGCUAAAGUCAAUGUUUGGUACUCUGAAGCAAGUGCUACAUACCAUAUUAUAAUUAAAAAUGUUUUCCCGAAUAAACGCCGUCUAAACGCAUUACAUGCUCAUAAUAAGAAUGUGCGAAAAUUUUUACACGAUUUUCGUUUUUGAAAUUAUUUAUAAUAUAUUCGUGUGAUUCAGUGAAUGCUAGGAUUAGGGUUGAUGGAAUCACAAUAAGUAUGUGUCAUGUUAUCGUCUCUAGUCAUCAUAUUUAGACCAAGUAUCAUAGUUUGGGGUGAUUUGUGAAAUGCGAUAUACAUAAUACAUAGGCCCAUGUACUUACAUAUAUGUAGAAACAUAUACAUUGUCUUUCAAGCAGCUGUGUAUUGCGUGUAUGGUAAUUACUACUUAUAAUAGGAAACUUCUAAGUUAUUAUUACCAAGAACGAAAAACAUACUCAUAACUUACUCCCGAUUUUACGAAUCCGAGAAAACACGAUUUUGCCGAGCUUGUACAUCGUUAAGUAAUUGCUAGAUUAUAACAGCAUCUAUUGAGCGACGGAACGCUAUCUGUCAUAUGUAAUAUUUAAUGUGAAAUGAAAUUAUGCUUGGGCUAAAUUUAGUAACCCUCUCGCCUUGCAAACUCUGCAUUCAUGGUUCAGUUCAAGUACCUUAUCUAUUAAAAUAGAUGCAAGGGUGUUGCUUUGACACAAUGUCAAGAAUGGACUCAUAUACAAGGUCGAGUUAAACAAGUAUUUAUGAAUGGUGACCUGAUAUCAUAGCAAUCUUAUUAUAUAAAGUUUCUACACAGCUACAGUGAUAGCUACAUAGACAUCUUGACGUUGCUAUCCUUAGUAGCCACUGCAAUUUGUAAUGUAAUGAAUGCAUAUAGCACGUAUUAAAUUAACGUAUAGUAUUUAA